AUGCACGUCACGGCCGAGCAGCAGCAGCAGCUCGUGCAGCAGCAGCCGCCACGGGUCGACGACGGUCGUGCACCUGCGGCCCCAUGUGGUGACUGGUCCUUGACGCCAUUGCCGCAGCAGUCGCGCCCGACAACGCCCGUAACGGUGCUGUCGUCGUCGUCGUCUUUGGCUUCGUCGGCUGCGUCUUCGCCUCGGCCGACGACGGCGCUUGGCCUUAGUGCGCCGUCCAAGCGACUCAACUGGACGCGUCGACUGGUGAUCACCAGACAGCCGCUGUCGGAGUUUUACAAGGACGAAGGCGGCAAAGCCAAUGCCCUCGAAGUCGAAGUGACGCUCGUGGAGUUUGACCAGUUUGGCGAACCGGCGCGGUCGAGCGACAAGGAGUUUGUCGACAUUCCCCUUCGCAUUUUGCUGUUCUUUGAGUCGGGCAAGCGCGUGGACGACACGGACCAGGAGAUCUUUCGGUUCGUGGGCAACGACUACGACUCGGUCGUGAUUCGAGCUGCCACGCGCACGGCUGUGGUGCAGUUUCGUCUCGAGAAAGUGAGCCGACGGAAGGAUGGCCAGCGGUUCAAGCUACGCAUCGAAGUGGACCAGGAGCAGUGCACGGCCAAUGUAGCGGAUCUCACGCCAGUGUUUACGAACGCGAUCUGCGUGCUGUCGAAGCGGAAACACCCAAGUCCGUACAGCUCGGACUCGUCCAUCCGCGUGAAAGAACCUCCUCCCAAGUUGCUCAAACGAGACUUGGCGCUGCUGGAAGAUCGACUCAACAGGAAGAUUGAUGGACUCUCAGCACAAGUCCACCAUCUGGGUCAGUUAGUGCAGAAACAGAAUGAGCUGCUUGCCAAGCGCCAUACACCUUCCAUUCCGCCAGGACUGCACUCGGCUCCAAGCGAAAGUGCCAUUCUAGAAUGGCUGCUUCGAUCAAAUACUGUGGAUGACAGCACGUGGUCCAAGCCAGCUCUCGAACCGCAUCUACUGCCAAACACCAUCAUGCCUUAUUUCGAGCUGGGCGACGAGCCGUAUCACGGCGUGGAUGUCGACCUCACACCCGCACUCGUUGCUCUACCGGCUACGACUGCAGCAACAACAACAACAACAACAACCAAAUCAGAUGCGCACACGAGCGAGCCAACGACACCGUCGCUACCAUUUGGCGACCUUUGA